CAACAAAGCCCCUUUGAGAAUGGCCGCCGACGACAGCUUGCUGCCCAUUGCCAUCCUAAUUGACGAGCUCAAGAGCGAUGAACCACUUCGCCGCCUGAACUCUAUCAGCAGGCUUGGGCUUAUAGCGCAGGCGCUUGGAGAGGAGCGGACACGGGCAGAACUUAUCCCCUUCCUUAGCGAGAACGUCGACGAUGAGGACGAGGUCCUUCUGGCGCAGGCGGAACAGCUUGGUAACUUCGUACCUUACGUAGGAGGGCCUCAAUGUGCUUACCUUCUGUUGCCUUUGCUGGAGACAUUAUCGACAGUAGAAGAAACGGUAGUGCGGGACAAGGCUGUGGAGUCCCUUAGCAAAGUGGGCUCAACCAUGCCGGACUCUCAUGCAUGCGAGCACUUCGUGCCUAUCCUGAAGCGUUUGGGGUCCGGGGAAUGGUUCACGUCUCGUGUCUCGGCCUCUGGUCUCUUCGCGACAGCAUAUCCGAGAUGCACUCCAAUGCUGAAAGCGGAGCUCCGGCAGCUUUACACUCAGCUUUGCCGCGAUGAAACGCCAAUGGUGCGGAGGGCGGCCGCGCAGAAGCUUGGAGGAUUUGCAAAGGUCGUGGAGCGGGAAUAUGUGAGCCGGGAGCUUAUGCCGCUCUUCACGGACCUAACGCUUGAUGACCAAGACUCCGUCAGACUACUUGCAGUGGAGAGCUGUGGUGCAUUCGCCCUUGCCUUGGGUCAGGCGGACGCGACCAGCAACCUCCUGCCUAUCAUUCACAAGUUUGCGCAGGACAAAUCUUGGCGUGUGCGCUAUAAUGUGGCGCAGCAAUUGGUUCAGCUGGCUGAAGCCCUCGGGAUUGACGUAACUAGGAUCGAGCUCACUCCAAAUUUUGUCCGCCUGCUGCGGGAUAACGAAGCGGAAGUGCGUGUCGCAGCAGCCGGUAAAGUGUCAGCGUUCUCAAAGCUCCUCACUGCGCAGCAGGUCGUCACUAGUGUCAUUCCGUGCGUGCGGGAGCUCAGCAUGGAUAGCAGCCAAUAUGUGCGUGCGGCGCUGGCUGGCGUAGUCAUGGAGAUGGCGCCAGUGCUCGGAAAGCAGCUCACGAUCGAGCACCUUGUGCCUAUAUUCCUGACGCUGCUGAAGGAUGUGUAUCCGGAUGUGCGCCUUAACGUCAUUAGCAAGCUAGACCAGGUCAACCAGGUCAUUGGGAUUGACCUCCUGGCGCAAAGCCUGCUACCAGCUAUUGAGGAGCUCGCAGAGGAUAAGCACUGGCGGGUGCGGCUGGCCAUUGUGGAGCAUAUCCCUUUGCUGGCUGGCCAGCUGGGGUCGGAGUUUUUCCAGGAGAAACUGGGGCCCCAAUGCAUGAAGAGCCUAGAGGACCAGGUUGCCUCAAUCCGAGAGGCGGCAACGCGGACGCUACAGAAGGUCGCCGCACAGUUUGGACCGGACUGGGCGCGUGACCAUCUGGUCCCACACGUUUUGUCGUUGAUUAAGAAUCCACAUUACCUGUACCGCAUGACGGUGCUGGUAGCAAUUUCAAUGCUGGCCACCAUUGUCAACCAGGACGUGCUGUGCAACCUAAUGCUGCCCGUCUUAACAGCAGCCGCGAAAGACAAGGUCCCCAACGUCAAGUUCAACGUGGCAAAAAUUAUGGAGAAACUUGCGGGUCUUGUAAACCGCAAUGUGCUGGAGUCAACCAUCAGGCCCGUGCUUCUGGAGCUGUGCGAGGAUUCGGACAUGGACGUCCGCUUCUACGCGCGCCAGGCACUAUACGCUUGCGACCAUGGGACUGCAUAAGCAUCUUAGCGGUAAAACAGCCGCGCAUAUUCGUGGUUGCGUCGCUGUGGGCCUGUCGGGAAAAAGACAUCAAGCGCAGGCCAUCCUUGCAGGGGGAGAUUGCUGUUCUUUCCUGCAGCAACAGCAGCUGCGUGCUGGGGAGGUAUGCCGUGGACGUUUCCAACGGUUUGGAGCAGCUGCGUGGUGGAGGCACGCAAGAUGGGUCAGCGGGAGCAAAACAUGCCACACGCAGUUGCUGCGGAAACGUCCUUGGCACGGGUUGUGGCACUUGGGCAUGGUCACCACAGCGACUGGAGUACACGGUCCCUGUAGCUUUCUCGCAUUGAAGGGCUCCAUGUUCCGGACUCUAGUAUCUUCAUAACGUAAAUCUACCGUGUGGAGGGUGAGCGGAAACAGCGCUGUUCAUUCCAUUGGGAUCUCUGGCUGCACACGGCGUGCGUUGCAUCUUUUCGCGGUGGCUGUCCGCGCACACUUAUCCUGUAGUGCGAUGGAAACGGGCUGUUCAUCAGCUUGUAUUUAGCAAUCUGAGGCAGGGCCCAACCUGCGGC